AUGAUACCGUAUGCAAGGCACAUGCUUGCCGGCACGACAGUGGAAAACUCAGUGGGACUGCACCGGAAGUAUGGCGAUGUGGUGAGAAUCUCGCCAAAUGAAGUGUCUUUUAUCAGUGGCGAGACUGCAUUUCCAGAUAUUUACGGGUUCCGCACCGGCAAGCUUAAGGGACAUCUAAAUAUGGAGAAGGACCCAGUGUGGUAUGUCAAGCCGAGUAAUGGAUCUCCGUCUCUUCUGCAGGCGAACGAUGAAGACCACGCAAGAGGCCGCCGAGUACUUUCUCAUGCUUUUAGCGAGAGGGCGGUUGCCGCUCAAGAGCCCCUGGUACAGACUUACGUCGACCAACUCAUAAAUGGGCUGAAGAAAGUCACCGCUGCAAAGGAAGGCGAAGGUGUAGUCGACAUGGUGUCGUGGUAUAACUGGACGACGUUCGAUAUUAUUGCUGAUUUGAUGUUUGGUGAGCCAUUUGGGUGCCUACAGGAUUUAUCGACUCACAAAUUUGUGGCCGUUCUGCUGGAAUCCUUCAAGUCGCUCAGGAUCCUAUUCGUCCUUACUCAUUUUCCUUGGCUGAAGUACUUUGGCAACCUGUUAAUUGACCAGAGACAAGUUCAGAAGCGAAAGGACCAUUUAUUUUGGGUUUCCACUCAAGUUCAGAAGCGAAGAGAAAGAGACACAACACGGCCUGACUUUAUGACAUUGAUUCUGGCCAAUAACGGAAACAAAGGAUCGAAACUUACAGACGAAGAGAUCAACUCCAAUGCGUUUCUACUCCUCAACGCCGGUUCCGAGACUACCGCAACGCUGCUCAGUGCCGUCACCUUUCUUUUGCUCAAGAAUCCCAGAGUCAUGGAGAAACUGAAACAAGAAGUUCGCGAGAAAUUCGCGUCGUAUGAAGAGAUUCAACUGCCUGCUCUCAACACUAUGAUAUAUCUACAUGCGGUGUUAUUGGAAGCACUCAGAUACUUCCCGCCAGCCCCUGUUGGAUUUGGAAGGGUAGUGAAUCGGGGCGGCGAGUUUGUCUCUGGUCACUUCUUACCGGAGGGUUGUGUGGUAUCCGUGAGCCAGUACGCAGCGUAUCAUUCGAGCAGGAAUUUUAAGAACCCGGACGCCUUUGUACCAGAGAGAUGGCUAGGCGAGAAAGAGUACGCGGACGAUAAGAGAAGUGCGGCUCAGCCCUUCAGUUAUGGCCCGCGCGGUUGCUUGGGGAGGAACCUAGCACAUGCAGAAUUGAGGAUCAUCGUGGCCAAAAUGAUCUGGUCUUUUGAUCUUGACCUCGAGGAGAGGAGCCAAGACUGGCUGAGUCGAUGCAAAGUGAUGAGACUCUGGGUGAAACCUGAGCUGGCUGUGAAAUUGAAGGAUGUUGUCAGAGGAAAUCAAAAAUGA